UCGAAGUAAGCACCGAGUGACAACAGAAAUAGCUGAGACUUCUUCCGACGUGGGAUAUAAAAGUGAACGUCGAUGUACGGCAACUAGUCAAAACUUGAAUGUCAGCAUGCUCAGAACUACUCUAAUUUUGGUUCUUCUCGCCUGGAGCACCGGUAACUUGGCCGAUGCAAAGCCAUUUAUCAUUAAAGUAUUUGCGCCCAACACCAGUCAUGGAAGCAACUCCGCCACUAGUUAUCAAAGUUCCGCGAUAGCAGCGCCCAUUAACACACAAUUCAUCUCCAGUUUAAUCUCUACCAAGAUCCAGCUUUGGAAUAGUUUACUACAAAGCAAAUCCUCAGGUGGGAGCUUUGGAUUUGGCUUCAGCAAAUCAAUUUCGUUUUCUACCACCACCACCGAGAAGCCUACGGAGGUCACACAUCACACCACUGAAGUAAACACCGAUUUUACUCCGGAUGAUAGCUCUCCUACUACUCACACUUUAUACACAACCACUACAGAAGGCAGUACUAAAACGCCGAGCCCCACUAUACAUCCCGAACCUCCGGUCCCUACAACCUCGACGCCAGUGAAGACCACCACGAGUUCGCAGCCAGAGCCCACCUCUACAACGGAGACUACUUCUGGAUAUUCGUAUCAAACGCCCACGCCCAAAGUUGAAACAAAACCCACUGUGGACACUUAUUACUUGCCAGCAUAUCAUGCCUAAAUAAAAGCAUGGCCCUUAUGUAACUAAACAUAUGCCUCUAAAUAGUUUACCGAAAGAUAGUUUUGUUAUAUAUUAUAUAAUUUAAAAAAACUUAAAUGUGUGCGUGUUCGAGUUGAUAUUUUCCAUAGGAAAGUUUAGCCU